GUCGACCAUACACAAUAAGGUGGCGCCUUCAGGAAUGCUGUGCUCGCGUAUCUUGCCACUUACAACUCCAUUUCACUGCACCGGCAUUGCUUGGAAGCAGUGGUCUCACAGUUGACGUCCUCGUCUUGUAGCUAGUGUGUUGUGCUAUGUGGUUCUCGUUUCGGGAGCGAUCGCCUGAGGGUGUCGCGCCGCCGAGCCCUCUCGCGUGGCAAGUGUCGGGGCUACGGUGGCGUGCGAUUAGCCAGGCGCCGUGUCCGACGGCGUGUACUUAUCUAAGCGAAUCGGCCAAUCUUUAAGGUUGAAGGCUUUUUCACAGCGCGCAAGUCGCGCGAGUCGAAGAACCGGUUGAGCUGCGACCGAAGAAAGGUUGGUCAUUUCCGUUUUUGAAGCCUCCGAGACGCAUGGAGACGCGAUCGUGCCCGUCGAUGGACGAGCUCCACGGCCUCGCGCGGGUCAUGGGCAUGAAGUACUUCCGCCACCUCUCCAAGCUCGAGCUCCACCAGGCGCUCCAGCGCCAGAUGCAGCACGCCAAGCGCGCGCAUGCGUCCGCGGUCGGCAAGAGCAAGAAGAAGAAGCGGAAGAAGGGCAAGAAGACCAAGGCCAAGUACUGGUGGCGCAAGACGACCAAGACGGCCAAGGCCUCGAGCGGGCUCAACACAGUCGACCCGAUCAUGCUCACGGAGCUCGGGCCCCACACGUUUCGCUUUGCGCGUCCCAACGGAACGAUCGUUGUCUACAACAUUGAGAGCCUCGUCCAGUACAUCCUCGCGACUGGCGACUUUUCCGAGCCCGAGACGCGGCUUCCGUUCCCCGAUGCGAUGCUUACGCAGCUUGACGCCGAGGCCAAGGCCGCGGGCUUGGAGCUCGGUAGCGUCGCCGCCGCCAAGCAAGACAAGGCGGCCUUUGAGCAGCUCAAGAUCAAACGCGACGGUCUUCUCGGCUUGGAGCGCUGCGCGGGUGAGGUCGUGACCGAGAUGCUCGAGGUCAUUGAGGACGACGACGGCGAAGAAGGCGAGAUGCGUCUGGUCAUGGAGAUCUUUCCAAAUUUCGCCGACCUCUACUCGCAGCUCAAGAUGAACGACGCGGCGUACGCAGCGCAGUGCCACAAGCACUUUGUCGAGUACCUCCAAGGGCCGCCGAACCGCCCGACCAUCGACGAGUCGGGGCUGUACCACAUUGUCCUCGACUUCAUGGCGCAGACGGCCGCGGGGCCGUCGCACCAUCGGCCGUACGCCUAGGCAAAUUCGUACCAAGUAGGUUUAUAUCUGUCGAGUAGUUUAGUGGUAGUGUAGGUGUAGACGUAAUACGAUAUCAUAGGCGCAGUGUACAGUACAGAGUAGCUAGCGAGCACACGUGUAAAUAAGGUAGAGUGUACUCGACGUCACGCGCUCUAAGCCCAC